GGCAGUGCUGGAGAGAGGAGGCCUGGGAAAGCUUUCCAUGAAUCCACUGAUAAAACAGCUGGACUUUCACUGUUUUCCUUUUAUCAUUUCUCCAGAUUACACUUUGGAGAUCUAGUAGAGAUUGCUGGAAGUUAAGCUUCAUCACUAUAAUACUGUAGCAGCUGGAAAUAUUUUUAAAUUUAAUUUCUCUCAUUUUAUAAAUAUUAAAAUUUCAUGUUUUUAGUCUGAAUAUCCAACAUUUCACAGGCUCUCUAAUGGGACCCUCAUCCUAAGAGCCUCUAAAGAGACUCAGGGAUAGGGGUCUCAGAGGGGAGCCCAGAGGGAAAGGGCCAGACCCAUGGAGGAGGUGGAGGCGGAGGCGCGAGCCCGCGUUGUCAGCGAGGGUGAGGAUGCCUCCAACCCCACCCUCAUCCUCAGCCGCUGCUCCCUGCAAUUUGGGAAAUACUCGGGGAGAACCCUGCAGUGGCUGCUGGAGAACGACGUGGGCUACGCCGUCAAUCUGGUCUCCUCCCACCAGAAGGAGCGCGAGAGGACAGGGUCACAGUCUCUCCUCAUAGUCAACAAGGACGCCCUCCUGCACUACACCUCAGUCUACCCUGACUUCAUGGAGGCAGUCAGGUUCCACCGGGCCUUUGAGGAGGCGCAGGCCAAGUCAUCUCAUCCUGGCCAGGAGGGAUGGGCUCUUGUUGGCUUUGGGGACUUCAAAUACGAGACCCUGGAGAGCCUCUGUGAUUCUGAGGACCCUCAGAAAACCCGGGUGGUGGACUACCUGCAGCGGACGUCUCCUGCUCCAGGCUCCCACAAGGAGAAGGCUGUGGGCUACGUUUGCCGCAGAGACAGGCAGAGGGCCGCCAGCAGCUGCACCACCACCACAGGAACAGCAGCGGCCCCCAAGCUUGCAUCGCACUUUGCAGCCUUCGUGUCGUCACGCCGUUCUCUGUCUGGGGUGGAGAUCCAGGCUGCGUUGAAGAAGCUCGGCUCCUCAGCUAAGCCUGCAGUUCCAGCAGAAACCCAAGACCAGCUCCUCCCGCCCAGCGACGAGGAGCUGAUGAGGGCCAGUGGCGACGCGAAGAAGUCUUCAGAUAAAGAUGCUGAAGCAGGUCCUUCCACCUCCUCCUUGCCUCAGGGGGAACCUGCCAUCUCCGCUGAGCUGGGGGACCCUACUGACCAGGAGCUGCUGGAGGCCUCGGCAGAAGGCAGAGCCUCCGUUCAGCCGCUGGACCCUCCAGAGCCGCCCAGCAGACAGGACGCCCAGCUCAGACGGGAUCCUCUCUCUGCUGCUGAGCUGCUGCCUGAGUCCUGGCGGGCAGCUCUCAGCGCAGAGCAGCAGGACUGGAUCGGCCGGACGCUGUUUAUGAGGGACCACCUGGGGAGGUCGCGCCUCACCGCCAACCUCAACCUCUGGUGGUUUCCUCCCCAGCCCCGGAUGUGGCGUCUGCAGCUGACUUGCCCCCAGCCUCUGUGCAGCGGCUCCCUGACAAAGGCUGGGCUGUACAGGACCAUCCGGAGGGUCCUGGACAUUGACGGCUGGUACCUCAUGGCCACGGAGUACCUGGAGUGCCGUCAAUGUAAGAAGAAGGCUGUCCUGUGA